GGCGUGUUGGCGUGGAGGGCCGGUUUUCGUCGCGGAUAUUUAGUCUAUUGUCCUGUCAUCAUAGGUUUUUUCGGACAGUGCACUCAUUAGAUUGUUCUGAAUUAGGGGUCUCAAAAUGUCGGAUUUUCCGUACCUGGGGAACAGGAUCAGUCUCAUUUCCAGCUCCCAGAUCCGGUAUGAGGGUAUUCUGUACACAAUUGACACCGUCCAGGGUACGGUCACCCUAGCGCAAGUCCGUUCAUUCGGUACCGAAGAUCGGCCGACUGAACGACCUGUAGCUGAGAGAGAUGAGAUCUAUGACUUCAUCGUGUUCCGUGGCUCCGACAUCAAGGACAUCAAGCUCUGCAAUGUCCAAGUCCAGAAGACCUAUGAUGACCCGGCAAUUGUUGAGAUGGGGUCGUCGACCAGCUCGGGCGGCGCGCCGGGCGGCGGGUCGACCACGCCGUCGCGCCGCUCCCCGACCAUCGACCAGGGCGUGCAGACCCAGCAGGACCGGCAGCACCGGCACCGCGACGGCCAGCGCGGUGGCUACCACAGCUACCAGCGGGGCGGCGGUGGCGGAGGCGGCGGCGGGUACCGCACGCAGCGCGGCGGACGGCGCGGCGGCCGCGGCCAGAGCCGGGGCACCUUCCAGGUCAGCGCGCGCCCCAUAAAGUUCGACGGCGACUUCGACUUCGAGGAGGCCAACAAGAAGUUCGAGGAGCUGGCCGCCCAGCUCGCCAAGACGAAGAUCACCACCCCGGCUGGCGCUGAUGAGAACGGCGAGGCCGGCGAGGCCGGCGCCGAGGAGGAGCCGGAGGAGGGCGAGGUGCCCGACCAGGCUGAGGAGCCGGUCGUCUUCUACAACAAAACCAAGUCGUUUUUCGACAACAUCAGCUGCGAUGCCAUCGAGAAGGCCAGAGACAACCGGCAGCGCCGCCAGGACUGGCAGAAGGAGCGCAAGCAGAACCUGGAGACGUUCGGCGUGGAGGGCACGCGCCGGCCGUACCGGCGCGGCGGCUACGGGCGCGGCUACUAUAACAACCGCGGCGGCGGCGGCGGCGGCGGCGGCGGCGGCGGCUACUACGGCAACCGCGGCGGCGGAGGCUACUAUAACAACCGUGGUGGCGGCUACUACAACAACCGGGGCGGUUACCGGGGAUACUACAACAACUACAACCGGGGGUACAACAGCCGGCGGGGUGGCGGCGGUGGCGACGGCUCGUACCAGCGCGGCGGCCGCUCUGAGCGGGGCCAGGAGGCCAGCAGCUGGCCGAGCGCCGAGCCACGCUCGGAGGCCGUGCAGAACUAGGCGGCGCCGGCGCCCCCGGCCGGCGCGCGCCAACGUUACAGUGCAAAGGUGCGCUGCGGCGGGGC